AUGGGUGAAGGGAGGGGUCAUUCCCUCCCUCCCUCCCCUCCCUUGCCUCCCUUUCUCUCUCUUCCCUCCACUCCUUCCUGCAUUCUCUCUCUUCCCUUCCUCCACCGGUCCCGUCCGUCCGUCCCGUCCGUCUCUCCCUCCCUCCUUCCUCCCUCCUUCCUCCCCCCCUCCCUUCCCUCCCAUCCCUUCUCUCUGUAUCCUCCUAUCCCCCUAUCCCUCCUAUCCCUCUUCUCUUCCCUCUGCUCCCUUCUCUCCUUCCCCUCCCUUCUCUCUCCCUCUUCCCUCCCCUCCCUUCUCUCUCUUCCCUCCUCCCCUCUCUCUCUCCCUCCCCUCCCUUCCCCUCUCUCCAUCCCCCCCUCCCCCCCCUCCCUCCUCCCCUCUCUUCCCUCCCUCCCUCCCUCCCCUCCCUUCUCCUCCCUCCCUCCCUCCGUCCCCUCCCUUCCUCUCCCUCCCUCCCCUCCCUCCCUCCCCUCCCACCCUCCCUCCCCUCCCUCCCUCCCCUCUCUCCCCUCCCACCCUCCCUCCCCUACUUUCCCUUGA